AUGGAUGUGUCUGCCCAUCGGGUCUGUCUGUUGGGGGUAACUUGGAGACCUGGGGACGACCUGAUGUGUUCAGUGCCUUUUUUUUUUUUUUUCCUUUUCUAG